CGGCCCGGGGCGGGGCAGCUCGGCCGGUCCCUCCCCUGCAGCCGCGUCCCCGCCGGUCCUGCCGACGUGGCGGGGCGGGACCCGGGGCUCCGGCGCGCACUCGGCGGCCAAGCGAUAUUAAAAUGUCUGAUGAUGCCAGUGACAUCAUAGCCAAUGAAGUCAGAGAAGAUGCUUCGGGGAUUCCCCGGGGUGACUCCCCAGCUGAAGACAGAGACGUGCAGUGUGGUCCAGCUACGACUUCAGAUGAGCCAGUGUCAGCUGACCACACCGGAGAGCAGCAUGAAACCACAGCUGCAUGUGAAGAGACUGCGCCUACAGGGCGUCUAGAGCAGGCCAAGAUCAGUGAUGCCGAGGAGGCCCCCCUCGAUGGAGAAGUGACCGAGGACACGCUGGCUGAGUGCAUUGAUUCUGUAAGCCUUGAGGGAGAUACUGGAUCUGACAUUCCUCUGAAAGAACAGAACGAUGAGGCUGUGGACUCUCCACCACAGACAGGAGGAUGGGCAGGCUGGGGAUCCUGGGGGAAAUCUCUGCUCUCAUCUGCAUCAGCCACAGUAGGUCAUGGAUUAACAGCAGUCAAAGAAAAGGCUGGGGCAACCCUACGAAUCCACAGUGCCAAUUCCAGGCCUCCUGAAGGGGUCCCAACUGAUGCCGACAACGGACUCUCUGAAAAUGUGACUCCAGAUCAGGACCCUGCCGGAGGCCCCCCCACUUCUCCUCCGCCAGGGGCAGCAGGGUCGAGGGGCAUGCUGUCAGCCCUCACCAACGCGGUUCAAAACACUGGCAAAAGCGUCUUAAGCGGAGGUCUGGAUGCUCUGGAAUUCAUUGGAAAGAAAACCAUGAAUGUCCUCGCAGAAAGCGACCCAGGGUUUAAGCGCACCAAGACGCUGAUGGAGAGAACCGUUUCCUUGUCUCAGAUGCUGAGAGAGGCCAAGGAGAAGGAGAAGCAGAGGCUGGCCCAGCAGCUCACAGUGGAGAGGACUGCACACUACGGGUUGCUUUUUGAUGAAUAUCAAGGUUUGUCACACCUGGAAGCCUUGGAAAUUCUGUCCAAUGAGAGUGAGAGCAAGGUUCAGUCAUUUUUAGCAUCUCUGGAUGGAGAGAAGCUAGAACUCUUGAAAAAUGACCUAAUUUCUAUCAAAGACAUCUUUGUAGCCAAAGAAUCAGAGAGUGAAGCAAGUCCAGAAGAACAAGGCCUAGAAGAAAAGGGCGAAGAAUUUGCUAGCAUGCUUACCGAACUCCUGUUCGAAUUACACGUCGCCGCCACACCUGACAAACUCAAUAAGGCCAUGAAGAAAGCUCAUGACUGGGUGGAAGAGGAUCAAAGCCUGGUGUCAAUAGAUGUGACCAAAAGACCAGAGGAAGAAGAGAAGAAGGAAGAAAAGGGAGAGCAAGCCAAAGAACCCGAAGAAGACAGAACGGGGGGAAAAGGAACUAAAACUGUAGAGGUAAAUCCACACCACGUCACCCACAGUUAUCCACAAUUGCUCUAUGGCAGCCUCAUUUCAGGUGUGGAUAGCCACUUCCCAUUCACACCGUGCCCCUACUCCAAGACGCCAUUGACCACAGCAAUGUGCAAUGAAGUAGCCUCCUUAUCGAAGAAGUUUACAAAUUCUCUAACCACUGUUGGGAGCAACAAGAAGGCUGAAGUCCUUAACCCCAUGAUCAAUAGUGUGUUUUUAGAGGGCUGCAAUAGCACCACAUACAUCCAGGACGCCCUCCAGCUGCUGCUCCCGGUAUUGCAGGUCUCCCACAUCCACACCAGCUGUUCGAAGAUGGAGACCCAGCCAGACUCCAGCUAGUUCGGGAGUAGGCCAAGCCUCUUCACUAAACACCUUUUAAAGGCCUUGGUCUUCAAAGUCACAGACGGGACCACUCAUCUGAGGACACUACAAGCAAUUUUGCACAGUUUUGCAAAUACAGAGAGUUAACUUUUCCCUUAAUGUAUAUUGUUGUUUUAUCAAUAAUUGUAUUUUCUUUAUAUUAACUUAAACUUAUACUUGUUAUAUUGAAAUUUUCCUUUAAUUUUCAGUUCCUUCAUAAAUAUGUGUUUUCCUAGUCGAACAUGCUUUAUUUAGAAAUUCAUAGGAAGACCCUAGAUUUUUGUUCAUCUUUGAAAUGUCUACCUUUAAAUGCCCUAUUUUUCUAAAACAUGCCUUUAAGUCAGUUCUUAUACUGAACUUCAUUUUGUUGCAUAAAUACCACAAGCAAAAAUAACACUACUUAUUUGGUUUUUAAAAAGGGCAUGAAUAUAUUUUUGUGGUCCUUAGUUUUGUGACAAGAUUUACUGAGCACCUACUAUGUGUAUUCCAUAAAGGAUGUGACCUUGCUCCAAUAGACAUGUUCUAAAAGAUGAUUUAUAAUAACCCUUGACAUAUUCAAAGAUAUUAAGAUGUUUUCUAAACCUUAAAAUACUUGAAGAACCAAGUAAACUGGUAGUUACUUAAAAUGUGCUACCCUUCAAUUUAUUACAGUUUUUCAACCUCUUUGAACUUCUUUUAAAUACCAAAAUUACCUCUAGGGUAAAAAUAUGUAUGAAAAGAUAUUUAUUUUUGAGACAGGAUCUCACUAUGUAGAUGGCUAGCCAGGAACUCUUUAUGUAGACCAGGCUGGCCUCAGAUUCACUAGGAUCUGCCUGCCUCUGCCUCCCAGGUACUGGGGUUAAAGGUGUGCACAACCACACCUGCCUGGCCUGAAGACGUAUUUUAGUUUAGGGUAUGCGGUGGCAAAAUUAGAAAGCUUGAAUGUAUUUCAGUAGAAAAUUAAAGCGGUUUUAGCAUAGUAGAAGCCCAGACCUGCAUUCCAAAACUACCCACUAACCUGAUUCCACGCACUGUGGUGGCAAGGGUAGAAAAUACCCAUGCGUGCUGGUAUAUUGGUUCAGGGAGAUGCCUCGAAGAUCUUGCAGCCGGCAGUAGCAAUGCCGCACCUGUUCUUGGCAGGUUGGGAGUCUGUGGCAUGCUUCUGUUCCAGACCCUCACUGACAUUCGUACCAGCAGUGUCCAAAAUAGUCAUGCCCAGUGGCUCUCCCAGGCAAAUGAUGCAUGCAGUCUCCAAAGGGAGAAAGUCCCUUUGUCUUUCUGUGAUAGAAUCAACCCUCCCUGUUCCCUACAUGUCGAGUAGAUAUCUGAAGUCUCUGCAGCAUUUUUGUGUGUCCCUAUUUUGUUUCUCAGCUGUUUGUCUCCUGAAACAACCAAAUAAAAACGGAAGGACAAUUUA